AUGUCCGGCUCAGCCUUUGUUCUGCCCACGACCGACAUCCGCCAUAAUGCCAUUCAGUCCAAGCGCGACCACGACCACAAGGCCAAAUGGGCGCAUGGCUGCCGACCCGGAGCAGCUGCAACGGUACGCCCGGCCGUUCUUUUACCGAAAUGCAAGCAAGAUCGACGUGCUCAUGCCUACGGGGUUAAGCGCCAGUGCCUCACCUUUAAGAAUCCCCAGUCCUAUUUUCGUUUGGUCUCCGAAGAGGGCCUUCGAGAGGCCAGCGAUUCUUCAGACGCUCUCAGCGAUCAGGGCCCUGAUCUAGGGUCGCCAACCGAAAGGAUAGAUGUCUUUUACUCCUUCGAUGCUCGCUCUGGGCCUCGAGCAGGCGAACAUAUUCUCUCCGCCGCCUUGAAUAAGGCCGUCGAGCGAUUUGAAAUCAAGGAAACGGAGAAGUUAGUCAGGGAAUAUGAGCUCAUUGACGAUCGGGAAUCCGCUGAGAGUGGCUAUAUCGCCGAUGACGACGACUACGAAUUCAUUGAUCGUGCCUCUCUAUAA